CCCAUCGCGUUCCGAGUGGCCACGCCCAUCCGCCGCCACCACCACUGCCGUCGUAGUCGUAGUCGUCGUCGUCGCCACCGCCGCGACCGUCAGUGAUUAUAUCGCACGCCACUCGUCAACUCCGAUCCUGCGAUCGCACGCGCACCCCGCCCGUCGUCUGAUACCACCGCAACGACCGUAUCUCGAACGACUGGUUCGCACCAAGUUCUUUUCGCCUAUUUUUGUCGCUUUUCGAACACCCUUGUUCGCCACGUCAAACCGUUUAUCGGGGAUCCUCGCGUCACAAAUACCCGGGGCGUUUUAACAUCAAUCGGUCGUAAAUUGUCGUCUCGUUUCGCAAGCGCUCCCGUCACCGUCUCGUCACGCCGACGCGCGUACCACCGUGUUUUAUGUGUGAAACUCUUGUCAAAUGUGCUGCGUGGUGAUCGGCGCCGCCGGCAUGCAGGAGGACCACAGCAGCAGCAGCAGCAGCGGUGGUAGCGCUGCGGCCGCGGCCGCAGCCGCCGCCGCCGCCGUUUUCCUGCCCGUCUACGACUUCAGCCGCCGAUACCAGGCGGCCCUGGACUCGGCAGCCAUGCACCAGGUGGUCAGCCCGCUGGACCUGAGGGGCGGCUCGUCCGUUCCCAUGAUGGUCGGCUCGCCGCCGUGCAGCGUCGGCUCGGCCGAAACGACGGACGUGAACGUGGACUCGGCGGACGACGAGGACGACUGCUACGACGACAUGACCGCCGGCGCUGCGGCCGCGGCCGACAACAACAACGAUGGUGGCGGCGGCGGUACCGGUGCCGCCGCGGCCGGCAAGACAUCUCCGUCCGGCGCGGCCGGCGACGAAUGCGGUGGCGGUGGUGGUGACAAGGGCUCCGGGGGCAACGGGUCGCCGGUGAAACCGCCGUACAGUUACAUAGCACUCAUCACCAUGGCCAUACUGCAGUCGCCCCACAAGAAACUCACCCUGAGCGGCAUCUGCGAGUUCAUCAUGUCCCGGUUCCCGUACUACCGGGACAAGUUCCCUGCGUGGCAGAACUCGAUCCGGCACAACUUGUCGCUGAACGACUGUUUCAUCAAGAUCCCCCGGGAACCCGGCAACCCGGGAAAGGGCAACUACUGGACGCUGGACCCAAUGGCCGAAGACAUGUUCGACAACGGCAGCUUCUUGCGGCGACGCAAGCGGUACAAGCGCCUGCAGACACCCUCCGACUUCUUCAUUCACCGCGGUGAUCAUCACCCGCACCACCAUCACCAUCCUCACCACAACCAUCACCACUUCGCAGCGGUCGCAGCUGCCUCCGACCCGUACUCGGUCCUGCACCACCACUACCCUUAUCAUCACCUGGGCCCGCCCCCACCGCCACCACCGCUGCCGCCCCAGCAGCAACAGCCGCAGGCCGCGCCACCACUACCACCACCGCCACCAACUUCGUCGUCGUCGGCCGUCGCGCCCGUCGCCAUGCCGAUGCCCCUGCCGGCUGCCGAUCUGGCCCGCAUCACGUUCGGCCUGAACCUGCUGCACAACGGGCAAGUGGCCGCGGCUGCGGCCGCAGCCGCCGCUGCCGCCGCGUUUAAACCGCAACACCAGCAGCCGCCUGUGGUACAGGUGCACCAGCAUAGUCAACCGUUGUACGCGACCACCGUGGUGGCCGGCGGUGGCCGGUUGGCAGUCAAGCAGCCGUCCACCGGGUUCAGCAUCGACUCGAUCAUGGGCAAGAGAACGUCGCCCGCGCCGCCAACCGUCGCCUCACCAACCCGUUCAGGUGGCCGCCACGAGCAGGACGAUGACGUGGACGAUGACGAUGACGAGCACCACCAUCAACACCAUCACCACCACCGGGUCGCAGCCGUCAGGUCGCCGCAGCCAUCGACUAGGCCGAACUUCGAUUCCGCGUUCACGCCGCUCCAGCAGACCACGUGGGCCAGGUGAUGAAGCGCGUCGUCUCCGUGCCGUUCGACGUAAUUUUCCGUCAUCCGUAUCCGGAGCCCAUUGUCUCGCCAGGUCAGCGAAACAAACCGGCGACCGCCAAAGUUUUUAACUAAGACGUAUACAACCAACACACGAGCUUUUCCGAUGCGCAAAGAAACCCGGUGUCGAUUCCUCAUCUAGUCCCAAUUUGUUCGAUAACCCUUUCAGACGUGUAGGCGAAACAAAACUAAACUUUAAAUAAAAAUACUAUUAAAUAUAAUUUUGUCAUAAUAGUAAUAAUAAUUAUAAUAUUAAUA